AAAACUUGUUUUGUCUGAAAGAGAACACAGAUGCCUUCACUUUCUCUCUCUACUGUAUAGUCUAGAGAGAGAAAGCAAGCAAAGCCGGAGAGAAAGGAAAAAAAGAGUAAAGGAGAAAAGAUUGGCAUUUGAGAAAUGAGUAAAGCAAAAACCAUAUUGUCAUUGUUCUGGUUUUCUUAGAGCGGAAAAAACCCCAAAACCGAAAAAAGAUAAUCUCUUGAAGAACGCAAAAAUAGGACAUAGCAAGAGUAGAUAAAACCCAAAUGCUGGUGCCCAUUUGAACUGCCCUAAACAUAGGAUCCUGUUCACCAAUCCGAGAUCUUACUAAUUGCUCUCACAGAAAAUUUGCAUUGUAGGUUUUCUGUAUUAAAGUUCUGCCAGUUAUGAGACUUGAUUAAUCAAAGAAUAGGAGGAUCUUGGGUUAUGCAUAGGGGAGAACAUCUGGCUAUAUGAGGAGGUUAGAGAACAAGACAUAGUAUAAAUAUUGUAGAGAACAAAAAUGAAAUCUGAAACACCUCUUGACUAUGCUGAGUUUCAACUGUCUCCAAAGCGUUCACGUUGUGAAUUGUUUGUGUCAAGUAAUGGACAUAUGGAGAAGCUUGCUUCAGGAUUGGUAAAGCCAUUUGUGACUCAUUUGAAGGUUGCUGAAGAGCAGGUUGCACAGGCAUUUCAUUCAAUCAAGCUUGAUGUAGAAAGACAGAGAAAUGCUGAGACUUGGUUUACGAAAGGAACCCUUGAGAGAUUUGUGCGGUUUGUCAGUACACCUGAGGCUUUGGAGAUGGUCAAUACAUUUGAUGCGGAGAUGUCUCAGUUGGAAGCAGCGCGGAAAAUCUACUCUCAGGGGGGCAGAGAUCAGCUUUCUGGUGCUUUAGGUGGAGAUGGAUCAGGAGCGGUGGCAGGAGCUGAUGCAACGAAGAAGGAGCUUCUACGGGCUAUUGAUGUACGACUUAUUGCAGUUAGGCAGGAUUUAACCACAGCCCUUGCUCGUGCAUCAGCUGCUGGCUUUAAUCCUGACACUGUGUCAGAGCUCCAGCACUUUUCAGAUCAUUUUGGUGCCCAUCGCUUGAAUGAAGCCUGUAACAAAUUUAUCUCAUUGUGCGAGAGAAGACCAGACCUGAUCAAUCAAAGGAAGCUAGGUGUUGAGGAGCCAGUGGUCAGGGCUUCAUGGGGAUCUGACAUGUCAAUUGAUGACCCAUCUGAAGAGCCACUUAGAUCCCAUAAUGUUAGGGCCCACCAAUCCUCGUUACAAAAUAAACACCAACACCAGCAAGCCGGCCGAGAACAACAACUAGAUUUAACGCAAAGGCAACACCACUUUAACCAAUCCAAAACUUCUACGUUUCAUUCAAAUACAUCUGUACCUGCUCAAUCCACUGUCCUGAACGAAAAAAAGGAAGAAGAUAAGAAAGAGGAGUCUACCUGGGAGUCAUCACCUAGUCUACCAAGCCAACCUGCAAGGCGGCUCAGUGUCCAGGACAGGAUCAACCUGUUUGAGAACAAGCAGAAGGAGAAUUCGGGUGGAAAACCUAUAGCUGUAGGCAAAUCUGUAGAACCGAGGAGACUCUCUUCUGAUGUAUCUUCUGUACCUGCAGUUGAAAAGGCUGUAUUGAGGAGAUGGAGUGGCGCUAGUGAUAUGAGCAUUGACCUAGGCAAUGACAAGAAGGACAAUGGCUUUACAGAUAGCCCUCUGUGUACACCUUCUUCAUCUUCUGUAUUAAGUAAAAAUAACGUGUUUCCUACCCCAUCUGUAGAUACAAAGGAUCAGAAGGUGUUGAACGAUACAGCGAAUUCAGUUAAGUCUGAUGCCACGAGUGUUUCUGGGUUCAAAGGUCAGGGUGAGUGGCAGACACAUGUUGGUGGAUUUGUGGGGAAGGAUGAGGAAGUGGGGUUAAAGGGGAAGGUGAAUUUAAAAGAUCAAGCAGGGUCUCAGGCCCAAUUGAGGUCAUUUACAGGUAGAGCUGAGCAGGCCACUGUUGAUCUGGGGGUUAGAGAGAAGUUUAGGGGUACCUUGGGUGCAGAUGAGAAGAGUAGUGGAGUAGAAGGUCAUCGGGUUGUUGAGGGAAAGUGGAGAGGUAAUUCAGAUAUAGGGGAGACUGUUGGAGUGAACAACCAGGUUGGAUUGCAGACUCAGAUUGGAAGUUCUGUAGGUGGGGUGGGGGAUGUUGAAUCUGGGAAUGGAGUUGAGGAUGUUAAAGCAAGGGAUCAGCCAUUCAGUCAGUCGCUGGUAAGGGGUUCUCGGACUCAUACUGGACCUCUUUCUGGACAGCUUGAAGGUGGUUUUGGAGUGAAAUUAAGGGAAGGGUCAUAUAAAGAGUUUGAGAGUGAUCAGUCAGUUUCUCCGCAGCAGUGGAGGUCAUCUACAGGUGAAGUUGAGCAAGUGACAAAGGAGGAACUAACAAAGGUGGAAGAUCUUGAAGUUCCACGAAUGAAGGUCCAGAAACCUUUUUCUGCAGGUCCAGAACAGACUAUGAAGCUGAAAGGCAGAAGAGAUGAGACUGGCUCUACUUAUGGAAAUAACAAGCCAGUCUUUCCUAAUAAAAAGGUUUCUGAGAUUCAGCAGAGCUUUAGUACCGUGGCAGCACCAUCAGUAGAGCAAGUUCAGAGGGUAAGGCAAUCUAAGGGGAAUCAGGAGCUCAAUGAGGAGCUGAAAAUGAAGGCAAACGAGCUUGAAAAACUUUUUGCUGAACACAAGCUUCGGAUUCCUGGAGAUCAAUCUGGUUCUACAAGGAAAAGCAAGCCUGCUGAGUUGCAGGUUGAACAGGCAAUAAAUUCACAGUACAAAAAACUGACAGCAUUGGAAAUAUCUCCUGCACAGGUUCAGGACAAGAAGACAGAGGCUGAACCUAUUGUGAGUGCUAGUGAUAAUGCCAAUUUUAGUACUCCACCAAUGAAGAUAGUAGAUCAGGACUGUGGCGGUUCUUUGAGACAGAAUUUCUCUGAGAUGAGUUUUUCAGAUGAUUCUAGAGGAAAGUUCUAUGAGAAAUACAUGCAGAAAAGAGAUGCAAAGUUGAGGGAAGAGUGGGGUACAAAAAGAGCAGAGAAGGAAGCCAAGUUGAAGGCAAUGCAGGAUAGCCUUGAGCGGAAUAGAGCUGAAAUGAAGGCCAAAUUUUCUGGGUCUGCGGACAGACUGGACUCAGGUGCGAGUGCUCGUCAACGUGCAGAGAAGCUCAGAACAUACCACUCUCGUUCUAGCAUCAAGAGAGAGCAGCAUCUGGUGGAUUCCAUUCAGAGUGAGGAGGAUGAGGAUCCUUCUGAAUUUCUUGAACAGAAAUAUUAUGGACAAGAUAGAUCAUUAGGUGAGGUGUCUUUAACGGAUGGUGCUUCUAGAAGCUCCCAAAACAAGAAGUUGGUGCUAAACAGAAAUUUCUCUUCAUCUACCCCUCGCACAACGGCAGCACCAGUUCCACGGUCAUUAGUCAAAAUUUCCAACCCCAGUUCUGGGAAGCGAAGAGUGCAAUCAGAAAAUACUCUUGCACAAUCAGUUCCAAAUUUCUCUGAUUUCAGAAAAGAGAACACAAAGCCCUCUUCUGGAGUCAGCAAAACAGCAAAUCGCACACAGGUGAGAACUUAUGCCCGCAGCAAGAGUACAACUGAAGAGAUACCUCUUGCAAAGGAAGAAAAGCCUCGACGUUCUCAGUCCUUGAGGAAAAGCUCUGCUAGUCCUACUGAAUUCAGGGAUUUGCCUCGUUUGAACUCCGAUGAUAUUGUUUUGUCACCGUUGAAGUUCGAUAAAGAGCAAACUGAGCAGGGCCUGUAUGAAAAAUUUUCAAAGAAUGUGGAGUCGAAGCCUUUCCUUCGGAAGGGUAAUGGCAUAGGUCCUGGUGCUGGUACUAGUAUUGCCAAACUGAAAGCUUCGGUGGCAUCAGAGGCUUUGAAAAACGAAGAAGAAUAUGAAGAAUCACCUUUUGAGGCAGAAGAUUCGGUCAAUGUAGCAAAAGAAGAAGAGGAAGAGGAGGAGGAUCUAGAAACAACAGAGUUUGAAGAUUGUGCUAACACUGAAAAUGGUAAAACAGGGUUAAGCCAGGAAUCUGAUAAGAUUUCUGAAUCUGAGAAUGGUGAUUCUUUGAGAUCUCUUUCUCAAAUUUCUCAAAUUGAUCCUUCUUCAGUUACUGAACUGCCGGCUUCCGUUCCUUCAACAUUCCAUGUCGUGGGGUCCUUACAGGACUCACCUGGGGAAAGCCCAGUGUCAUGGAACUCCCGCAUGCAUAAUCCAUUUUCCUACCCGCAUGAGAUCUCAGAUAUUGAUGCUUCUGUGGAAUCUCCAAUUGGAAGCCCUGCAUCCUGGAAUUCUCACUCUCUUGCCCAAACAGAGGCUGAUGCUGCUCGAAUGAGGAAGAAGUGGGGAAGUGCUCAGAAACCUGUUCUAGUUGCUAAUUCGUCCCAUAAUCAGUCACGCAAGGAUGUGACAAAAGGGUUUAAACGGUUGUUAAAGUUUGGAAGGAAAAGUCGUGGGACCGAGAGUUUGGUUGACUGGAUUUCUGCGACGACUUCUGAGGGAGAUGAUGAUACAGAAGAUGGGCGAGAUCUUGCCAAUCGGACAUCAGAAGACUUGAGGAAGUCAAGAAUGGGAUUCUCACAGAGUCAUCCUUCUGAUUAUGGCUUCAAUGAAAGCGAGUUGUUCCAUGAGCAAGAUCAAGCUAUUCAUAGCUCCAUACCAGCACCUCCGGCAAACUUCAAACUGAGGGAUGAUCAUAUGUCUGGAAGCUCUAUUAAAGCUCCACGAUCGUUCUUCUCUCUUUCAUCAUUCCGAAGCAAGGGAAGUGACUCAAAGCUCAGAUAAUUACAUGAGAGAAAAGUUUAGAGCCACUGCUUGGAGUAUCUCAAGUGAUAGGGUGUAAAGGAUUAUAUAUAGGAUACAAAUGCUUGUGUUGAAAUACGUUAUAUAUUGUAUCGAACAAAAAUCGCCGAUUGGCAUUCUUGUGAUUUUGGUAGUCUAGGAGCAUUCUUUUUUCUUCUUCUCUUUAUUUGCUUUAGCCUUGUGUGAUGCGUUAUGAGCAUUCAGACUCUUGGCAGAAAUAGUGUUGGUGACCAUUUUAAGAAGAGUGAUGUGAUUAUGCGGAGUAACAGCAUGUAAACAAAGACUACUUUAUUUUAUAAUCUUCUUCGCUUUAUUACUGCUAA